AUGGAAAAUCAAUCAAUUUCACAACAUUCUUUGGCGCAACUUGCUAAAAAGCCCUUGACUGAUUUGAAAGAGCAGCAACAGCAACCACUAGUGAAACGCGCACUCAACAGCGGCAGCGAUGCUACAGCAGAGGCACUUGAAGCAACUAUGCAACGCUUAUUAGAGAAAAACUCUGAUCUUACAAAACAGCUUGAAAGUUCAUUAUUGAAAAUCUCAAGAUUAAGGAAACAAAGGAGUGUAUUGCUGGACGUGAUUGUCAAGGCCAACAAGAAUGAUUAUGCAGACGACGAUGACGAUGAUGGCAGUGAUUUGUCCGCUGGGGAUAUCCAUUCUGACAUCUUUUCGUCUGACGAAGACACAGUAACCACAACAACAGUAGCCAAGAAGAGACAUGCAAAGGACGAAGAGGCACCCACUGCUGUAAAACGCAAAAAGACAGCAUCAUCCGCACCUUCAUCACAGGACAAAUCGGCACCGCCACAAAAGAGACAAAGAUCCAACAAACCUAUUGACGUGAAAAAGGAUGAGCAUGGUAAUUACAUUCUUCCAGUGCAACUGGGACGAGUCAAAUUGCUGUCAUUAGGCGAAAUUAUACCUGAGCCAGAGUUUUAUUCACAAACCCACAUCUUUCCCGUUGGAUAUGCGAUACAGAGAACCUUUCGAAGCAUGGUACAACAGGAUGUAUUCACACUGUAUACUUGCACUAUUGAAAAAGACGAAGAACUAAACAAGCCAUUGUUUUGUAUACAAGGCGAAGAUGCUCCCGAGAUUGAAAUUAGAAAACUUACUCCUACGGACGCAUGGGCAGAGGUCCUUAGAAGAUCCAAUAUAUUGAGAAAGAAGGUCUACAAAAACACUGUUUCAGGAACUGAAUAUUACGGGUUAUCAUCUGCAACAAUUAGAAAGAUGGUUCAGGAGCUACCACGCGCAAGGGAAUGUGAAGGGUAUGAAUGGACCGAUUUCUAA